AUGGGAGUGGCCGGCACGGUGGAGGUCCACUUCGAGAACAAGGACGGGGGAUUCUUCCUGAAGCACACGCCACGCCAGUACUACCCCGCCGUGGCCGACCUGGCGGGCACGGGCGCCUCCUCGCCCGCCCCCAGGCCGCCCCCGGGCGCCGCCGCCGCCGCCGCCUCCGCGUCGGUCCUCAGCGUGGACCGCUUCACCGUGUUCCAGAACACGCAGCCCAUCUCGGUGCGCGCCACCUACGGGCCCUUCUCCACGAAGCAGACCGUGCCGGCGCGCUACAUCGUGCCCGACCCCUUGGACAACCUCCCGCUGCCCGCCGGGGGCCUGCCGCCCCCGGGCCAGGGUGGUAACGGCAGCUCCCCCGCCCUCCCGGCGCCGCCCCCGCCGCUGGACCUCGACGCCGCCGCCCACCACCUGGACAUGUCCGCACACGUGGUGCGCGGCGAGGUGGCCCGCGACUCCCCCGUGCUGCGGGUGCUCUUCCACGCCGGGUCGGAGGCGGUGCUGGGCCGCCGCCAGGCCGCGCUGCUCGCCCGCCACCAGCGCGUCUGCAUCGUGCUGCACGCCGCCGUGCCGGGCCGGCCGCCGCUCACCGCCGCCUGCAGCCCCGACGGCGAGGACGGCGUGUGCCUCGCGCAGGUGACGGUGCCGGCGUCCUGGUGGCCGCCCAUGGCCGCCCCGGGCGCCCCGCAGCCCGCCAAGUCGCCGCCGCGCGUGCUGCAGGUCUCCUUCUCCGUGCUGGAGCCGCGCUCGGGCGACGCCCAGGGCUGCGCGCCGCGCGUGCAGAUCCAGCCCGUCACUCCCUUGGCCGCAGUGCCCCUGGUGGGCCCGCGCGCCAGCUACCGCGAGCUGCGCGCCGACGACCGCCUCUCCGUGCUGCUGCCGCACGCGCCGCUCUACCCGCUGUCGCGCCUGCACGUGCCCGUGUACCUGCGCGAGGACGACCAGUGGCCCGUCGCCGCCAUCGUGGUCAGGGCGCGCGUCAAGGCGGGGCUGCGGCUGCUGGGGGCCGAGGCCAGCUCCGGAGCGUGGAACGUGAGCGUGGAGCUGAAUUUCAAGCACACCGUGGCCACGGUGACGGCGGUUCGCCGCCGCCCCAGGGACUCGCAGGACGACGAGCCGUCAAAAAAUCAGGGAAAAGUCACGGAAGUGUUCUCGUGGCUGGUGGAGGUGGUGGAAGACAGCGCGGAACUGUGGGACGGCGGCCGCCUCGUGUGGAGCGCGCGCUACGUGCUGGAGGGCGGCACCGCCGCCGCCUCCGCCGAGGCGCGCAGGAAGAUCAGCGCCCGCCUCGAGAUACAGAAGGACGACAUACAGUCCGUGCUGCCCAUCUCCAAGAACUGGGACGUGAUGAACACGGCGGUGCUGACGGGCCGCCAGGUGUCGCAGGCCAUGAAGGUGUUCAUCGUGAGCCAGGCGGGCAAGGUGGCCGACGUGACGCUGCAGUCCUCCUGCCACUCGGAGGACGAGAGCGUGCUCAAGGUAUCGUCGUCGUGCAGCUCGGUGUACGUGGACGGCUCGGAGAUCCGCGGCUCGUCCAACGCCUCGGUGCUGGCCAAGUACGGCACGUACACCGGCCUGGCGCGCUUCACCGUCUGGAUGCCCGAGUUACCGCUCGAGGUGCACGUGGCCGACUUCCGCCUCAGCCAGGUCAAGGGCUGGAAGGUGCCCGACGACCACCCCAGGUGAGCGAGGCUUCGCUCACAUCCAUGUCGCGCACACGCCGACGACCCUGGCAACGGGCUGCCCGCCGCCUGCAGGAUCCGCUUCCAGCAGAGCCCCGUCGAGGUGUACUCCCGCUUCCUGGCGACGGACCACGACUCGAGCCGCGUCAGCUACUUCGUGAACCGCCGCACCUCGCUGCGCGUCACGGACCUGGUGCUGGGGCUGCUGCGCGUGUCGGACCCGCGCAUCGCCAGCCUGCGCGGCCGCGUGCUGCAGGGCCGCGGCAUGGGCCGCACCGAGGUGCAGGUGCUGUCGCCCGUCACGGGACGCGUGAUCGGCGCGAAGGAGGUGCGCGUGGGCAACGACAAGGUGAGCGUCAGCCGGCUGCAAGUGGAGGUGGUGUCGGGGCUGCAGCUGUCCAUCGCGCCCGACGCCGACGUCGAGAACGGCUACGUUGCAGAGACCUCCGUCACCCGCAAGCUGACGGCCCAGUACCAGGAAGGGCUGCUGGACAUAGACGUGCAGUUCUCGGACGGGUCCCGCACGCCGCUGCGAGACGUGGCCUCCUCGGACUACCGCCUGCUUGUCGAGAGCCUGGACCCGGAGGUGGUGGCCUUCGCGCCCAUGGCCGCCUCUCGCCACCCGCGCGUCAUCGCCGUCGGCGAGGGUCGCGGCGAGCUGCUGCGCGUCGCGCUGGCGCCGGCCGAGGGCUGCCGCGCGCCGUCCCGCAGGAUGGGCGGAGGCAAGGGGGCAGCGGGAGGCAGCGUGCUGGCGUCGGCGCUGGCCGGCGUGGAGGUGGACUUCUCGGCCGGGGAAACGCAGCAGCGGCCCGACCCGGUGCAGAAUGACGGCGGGGGCGGCGGGGGCGGCGGGGGCGGCUCCCACGGCCUGCGCGACGGGAAGCCAGGCCACGACGUGGCGGCCGACGGCAUCCACUCAGGCAUUCAGAUUAAAGAUGAGAAUGACCAUGAACCGACUGUGCAAGCCCGCCAGCACCAUUCAAUUGUAGCCAACGGCAUGUCCGCAGGCCCGGGGCCGCGCCACCACGGCGGCGCGCGCAUGACGCCGCUCGAGAUAGGGCUGUACGUGCUGUUGGCAGCGUUCUGCUUCGCCAUUGUGGUGUUCGUGGUGUCGUGCGUGGUGUACGCUUCCAAGUUCAAGCCGCUGCCCGCGGACGACGCGCGGCGGCUGCCGCUGGACGGCAGCGGGCUGUCAAGCGGCCUGUCGGGCCUGUCGGGCGGCCUUGACGCCGGCGGCAAGCGGCAGGAGCCCACCGCCAACGCCCACGACUGGGUGUGGCUGGGGCGCGCCACGCUCGAGCGCUCCUCGGGCCACGUCGUGGCGGGGGCCGCGGUCAGGGCCAGAGCGGCGGCGUCCGCCCCCAGCAACAACAACGUCCCCCUGGCGCCGCCGCCCCCCCAGCAGAUGUGCAUAACCGCCAACCCGAUGGCGGGCCACGUGGUCGGGGAGGAGCGGGCCCUCGGCACGUGCUUCGACAACCCCCACCACGUCGACCUGCCCUCCGCGUCCCCCGCGGCCGUCGACUCCGCGACCUACUGCAAGAAGGAGAAGGCGCUCCCGUCCAGGCAGCCCCACUGCAAGCCGCCGCACAAGGAACUGGCUCCGGAGAAGCUGUGGCAGAUAGCUUCCACGCCGCCCCCGCUGCCCCCUCACGGAGUCCUGCCGGAGAAGAAGACGGGCGACGCAGCUGCAGAGGCGGACUGCGAGUACAAGCCGCCGGUCCCCCCUCACCGCAACAUAGGCGUGACGCUGGGGGCGGCGCCCGCCCGCCGCCACCACCAUCACCACCACCACCACCGCCACCGCGGCGGCGCCCGCGUCCAGAGCGAGGAACCCCGGCCGGAGGGCGGCCUGCCCCCGGAGCUGCAGCUGCCCCCGAGACAGCUCCCCCGCGACGACGCAACCCCGCAAAGCUACCACAAGCGGCAGUCCAAAGAUGACAGGUACCACGCCGCGGGCCGGGAGCGCGACGACGACGACGAGGCGAGCCUCGCGGACUUCUGGUCGCCGGGGGCGGGGGGCGGGGCCCGCCGCCGGGGCGACGCCCCCGAGGUGAAGCGGGCCACCGUCGUCGGCAACCCCAUGUUCUCGGCGGCGCGGCGGCGCGGGGAAGAGCUCCACGGGCUGGAGGACCUCGGCCUGCAGAUGAACUACGACCAGAUCCUGGAGUACUUCGACAACCUGAAGGAGUCCGACGCCUGA